UUGUCUCUAUUUCUUGUCUUGGAGUUCACUUGAAACUCUCUAUGUCCUGUCUUUGAAAUUCGAAGCAUAUAUAGCACAGCAGUUUCCACAAGGAAUACAACCCAACCAACUAACUUACGUACCCCUGCAGUUCUCCAAAAGCUCUACAAUUCUCUUCCCUGAAACCAUUAUCUCUAUUUUCGUUUUCUUAAUUUAAUCACCUUGGAACUUGCUAUGGAGAAGAUUACAAAAAUAAGCAAAGCAAGUGAGGAUGAUGUUGAUAAGCAGCAGCAUCACACUAACGAAGUGCAGGAGAAAAUUAUCCUAAACCCUAAUUUUGAGGAUGGCCUGAACAACUGGACUGGAAGAGCGUGCAAGAUUGUCUUACACGAAUCCAUGGACGGAGGGAGAAUCUUGCCGCUCUCAGGAAAAGUUUUCGCAUCAGCAACACAGCGUAAAGACACAUGGAAUGGUAUUCAACAGGAGAUUUCGGGAAGGUUCCAGAGGAAGCGUGUGUACGAAGUAACAGCAGUGGUUCGAAUAUUUGGCAACAAUGUCACAAGUGCAACAGUACAGGCUACUCUCUGGGUCUUAAACGCAAACCAACGUGACCAAUACAUAGGCAUUGCCAAUGUUCAGGCAACAGAUAGGAAUUGGGUAGAGUUAAAGGGUAAAUUCAUAAUCCAUGGUUCACCAUCGAGGGCAAUACUAUACCUUGAAGGACCACCUCCAGGAUCUGACAUUCUUCUCAACAGUUUAGUUGUUAAACAUGCUAGAAGGAGUCGUCCUUCUCCUCCACCUUUCUACGAGAAUCCUGGUUUCGGAGUCAAUAUAGUCGAAAACAGUGAAGUGGUAGAUGGGACAACGCAGCCAUGGUUCACUUUAGGUAACUGCAAGUUGAGUGUGGGACAAGGCGCUCCUCGCACUCUGCCCCCAAUGGCCAGAGACACGCUUGGUCCUCAUAAACCUCUAGGCGGAAGCUACAUCCUCGUGAGUAACAGAACGCAGACUUGGAUGGGUCCGGCUCAGAUGAUAACCGAUAAACUCAAACUCUUUUUGACAUAUCAAGUCUCCGCAUGGGUCAAGAUUGGUGUGGGAGUGAGUGGUAGUAGUAUAAGUCCUCAGAAUGUGAACAUUGCACUUAGCGUUGAUAACGAAUGGGUCAACGGCGGACAACUCGAGGUCACCGUUGGUGAUGCAUGGCAUGAAAUCGGCGGAUCCUUUAGGCUCGAGAAGCAGCCACAAAAUGUCAUGGUUUACGUUCAAGGUCCUGCAGCUGGUAUUGAUUUGAUGAUCGCGGCAUUGCAGAUUUUUCCCGUGGAUCGACGAGAACGUAUCAGAUGUCUUAAAAGAGAAGUUGAUCAGGUACGUAAGCGCGACAUCGUCCUGAAAUUCUCAGGACUAGACGACGACUCCUUCGAUUUGUUUCCUUACAUAGUGAAGGUGAAACAAACAUACAACAGUUUCCCACUAGGAACGUGCAUUAACAGAUCAAGCAUAGACAAUGAAGACUUCGUAGAUUUCUUCACUAAGAACUUCAACUGGGCAGUGUUUGAAAACGAGCUCAAGUGGAACUCGACAGAGGCCGAACGUGGGAAGCUCAAUUACCAAGAUGCAGACGACAUGUUGGAUCUGUGUAUCGGCAACAACAUCAACGUUAGAGGACACUGCAUCUUCUGGGAAGUUGAGUUCAGAGUUCAGCCGUGGCUUCGCCAGCUCAACAAAACCGAGCUUAUGAACGCGGUCCAGAAGCGUGUCACGGACCGAAUAAUGUUAUGGGGUUUCUGGGAACUAUCUAUGAAUAGGGAGAACGGAAAUCUGGUGGAGGCAGAAGGAGAAGUAAACGAAGCCGGAAAAAGAUUUAUGGAUAUGAAACAAGAAUGGUUAUCUCAUGCAUAUGGGAUCAUCAAUGAUGAAUCNGAGUUUUUCCCAUUGGGUUUACCGGAGAAUGUUUUAAUGAGGCAUUGA